UCUGUCCACAACAUGUCGUUGACUCGUUCUCCGUUUUUUCGUUUUUUGGCUCCACGUUAGUUUGAUUAAUAUUCGUUAAUUUUUUAAAGUUAUAGUUUGUGUUUACAAUUAUCCUGUGAAGCUAAUUUAAGAGAUUCGUCGAUGUGGGUAUUUUGACCAACGUCAUGGAUGACGCUAUUUCAAAUAACCAGGAAAGUGAACGACCCGCGGACAUGGAAAUGAUCACCCCUCCAAGUUCGCCAACAUUUCGUCGAAAGAAGGCUUUCACAAGUCCAGUGAAAUCUCCGGAUCGCUAUAUACCCCAGCGAGAACCUCGGCGGUGGCGAAUAGCCUAUACUUGUCGUUACGAUGAACAGACCAGAAUCUCCACAAACGCUGCAUCCACCAGUCGUGACGAUUCCAAAGAUGGCUUUGGUGCUAGCCAGCAGCUGUACCAGCGUCUUCUGCGUAAUGAAAUUAUGGGCGCAGAUAUGCCAGAUGCUAUGGAUGAUACUUACGGACAAGAGAAUUGUCCGAGCUCAGGGGCAAUCUUGCAGCAUACUGGAAAUGGCAUUUCCGCUGUCAGCACUUCCAGCUCGUCUUUGCACUCCAGUUCGACUAUUGGCAUCGCUCCGUUGACUCCGACAAAAAGCUCCAAAAGAAAUGUUUUUACGUAUUCGCCAAAGAAGCCGUCGGACCGUCUGCUGGCAAGCACGUCACCGUUCUCUCUUUCUCCUUUGAGUGAAAAAAGUUGCCAGAUGCUGAGACAGCCUCGCAAGGUCGGAAGAAAAAUUCCUAAAGUUCCGUACAAAGUGCUGGAUGCACCUGAGUUGCAAGACGAUUUCUAUUUGAAUCUUGUCGACUGGUCCCAUUCCAAUGUGCUGGCGGUUGGAUUGGGGACUUCUGUGUAUUUAUGGAGUGCCAGCAACAGCUCAGUUACGCGGCUCUGUGAUUUUCAUAAUGACAACAACACGAUAACUUCUGUCAGUUGGUCAGAAAGAGGAAACCUGGUUGCCGUUGGUACGAAUCGUGGACAAAUUCAGAUUUGGGAUGCAGUUCAUCAAGAACGAACUUCUAGUCUGAGCACCCAUACGGCUCGAGUUGGUGCUCUGGCUUGGAAUAGCGACGUUUUAGCUUCGGGGAGCCGUGAUCGGAUAAUAUGGCUUAAUGAUAUGCGAACCCCUCCUUUGUUUGCCAGACGUAAAUUCAAUGGCCAUAAACAAGAGGUAUGUGGACUGAAGUGGUCUCCGGACCAUAUGUACCUGGCAUCCGGUGGAAAUGAUAAUAAGCUGCUUGUCUGGGCCCAUAACGCUGGCACUGAAUCUCAGCCCGUGCAGACUUAUACUGAUCACCAAGCAGCUGUCAAAGCCAUCGCGUGGUCUCCGCAUCAUCAUGGUUUACUGGCAAGCGGGGGUGGUACUGCGGAUCGGUACAUAAGAUUUUGGAACACGCUGACGGGGCAGGCACUUCAGGCGGUAGAUACCGGAUCACAAGUGUGUAAUUUAGCCUGGUCCAAGCAUGCAUCGGAGCUGGUUAGCACACAUGGUUACUCACAGAAUCAAAUCCUCCUGUGGAAGUAUCCAUCGCUAACGCAGAUCGCCAAAUUGAUUGGUCAUACAUAUCGCGUUCUGUAUUUGGCGAUGUCACCUGAUGGAGAGUCAAUUGUGACAGGAGCUGGCGAUGAAACAUUACGGUUUUGGAAUAUUUUCUCAAAAUCUCGAUCCACUCGUGAGCGACGUUCUUCUUUGGAUUUGUUGAACGCUUUUCGUUGAUUAGUGUAAAAUGCACUGUAAAUAUCAUGUUGAUUGCUACCGAGUUGUUGUUUCUGGUCAAAUGCAACAGCAUAGUCGGGCACUUCGGCGGAGUUUGUAACUUCGUACUGAGGUGGCUUUUUUUUGUUUUCUAAUGACAGGUAGAAUUAUGUUAUGCUAAAGCUCGUACAAGUUUAGUAAUGAUUAAUCUGGUUUGAAUAUUUGUGCUUUUGUUACCAAAUGAAUUACAAGUUAUGUGAAACGGCCUAUUGACUGUGGUCUAUGACGAAAACAACUUCAAGAGGCUAAGAA